GCUUCCUCAUGACACAACUUCGUCUUGUGCAACACAGCUUCCUCAUGACACAACUUUGUCUUGUGCAACACAGCUUCCUCAUGACACAACUUCCCCUGAUUCAACACUGCUUCUCCUUGACAACAAUUCAUCUGAGGAGGAAACAAGGCCCCCACACACAGCUUACCAAACGUUGAAUAGCUUACCUCACUGUUCCAGCUGUGCAGAACUUAUUUGUGCUAGAAAAAUGUACAAAACUUUACUACAGCUUGCAUUAGAAAAGUGCAAGCACAGAAAUGAAUGUUGCUGCAAGAAGAUGUUCAAGGAAAGUUUUUUAGAAGAACAUGAUGAAGAGCAAAAUGUUUCACAAAUCAAAAAUGAAAAGUUUGAUGAUUCCAGUUUUGUUCCACAAUAUGACUGCAAAAAAGGUACGAAUACAUGGAGAGGUCAUCAUGUGGUUGGUGAAUCUUGGUUUGAUGGAAUAAGCUCCGCAGACACCAGAAGCAAAAUAGCUGCCAAGAAAACGCACCUGGAAAUUCCUCAGCUCAUAAAUGCUAUCAAAUUUUGUGAGCAUGAAGAUGCACAGCAGCUCAAACAUGGUCGUCCAACCAGUGAUGAGAGCCAAAAUGCAACAAAGAACUCGAUGAUUGCUGGGAUAUUCAUGACUACUUAUUCCUUACCAUUUGUUAUAUAUACUGCAUUGUGCACACUUCUCUCAAUAAUUUGCCCAUCUCAUUUAAGUCAUCCCUUGGGCAACCAACAUCAGACUUACUUUACGCUUCAAAAUAUAACUCUUGCCAAUUAUGAAGUUUGUGCCACAACAAUGAAGAAUUUCUUUGCAACCACCUUUUCAGCUACAAGAAGUACCAGAAAAUUCAUGAUUUGCUAUGGCAGAGGUACAAUUCCUAUGGAUGCCUCUCGACAAUCUACUGUUGCCACCUAUGUUGCUGACAAUGGACUGCCUAAAGAAGUUCUCCUUGAUGUUUCAAUGGUGCGGCAUGGAAAUAUGCUGUCAACUAUGAAUCAUUUGAAAAAAAUUGUGGCAUCAUUUCUUGAUCCAUCAUCUAUUGCCUUUAUAUGCACAGAUGAAGCUGCUGUAUCCUCAGGAACAAACCAAGGACUCAUGGAAUUGUUGAGAGCUACUGAUAAAUAUAACAAUUUACUUGAACUUCCUGACUUUUACCAUAACUUGGAAAAUUUGUUGAAUGAAACAAUGCCUCAAUGGGUCAUUGACACUUUAUCAACAUGCAGAGCUAUUGGAUCAUUUAUGAACAACCACAAUGUAAUGAAGCAAAUCCACAGGCAUAUCAAUGUUAGUCUGGGAUCAACUUUUACUGUAAGCCUAAACCAGAGUCAGAGUCAAUCUGCUGAAAAUGUGCAACUCCACUUAGAAUCCAUUUUGAACAACAUCCAAAUUUUAUUUGAAGCCUUACCGGAAUUAAUACAUUAUAAGAAUUCAAUUGGUAACAGAGCAAAAUUAAUUCUAAGAUUGCUCGCUAAUGAUUCUUUUGUUGUCAGAAUGAUGAUGAUUCAUAGACUUUACAGAACUAUGCUUAGUAAACAAAAAUCUGCCCAAGACAUUAGCUUUGGACCAUUAGAAUACAAGCACAAAGUGGACAGCCUUUCUACAGAAUUGUGCAAAUUGAAAGAGCCUUCCAUAGAGAUUCAAACCUUCAUGAAGAGUGGAGUUAUAGUGUUGAACUCUGGUUCUUACACCUCCUAUAACUAUAAAGGAAUUAAAUUCAAAGAAAUAUCAUCAAACCUAGGCCUGGAAACCACAAAUAAACUUGACAGAUCAAGAGAUGAUGACAUGACUUCUUUGAUUGAAGAGAAUUCCAAAUGGAUAGACAAUAUUUGUAAAGAAGCCUGCAAUCACUUAGAAAUCCCUGCUCCCAUAAUUUAUGCUAGUGAGUCAUUUUCUCUCCAUUGCAAGUCAUUUAUGAUUUCAAAACAAUUGACAGCUAUCAAAAAACUGUAUGAUUCUGUGAACAUUCAAUUUGAGUCAUGUGGCAGUGCAUGCGCAGGACACCAAGAGUGCACUUGUUUAAAAAAUGACUAUACCAACUUCAUGGACGUGUUUCAAAGUGAGUGGCAGGCUGCACCUGACAACAAACUCCUCAAUAAUGAGACUAAGAGAUCACAGUCCUACACCCAGGCAUUUGCUCAUUACAUCAGCACAAACAACAGAGAAACAACAUAUCCAGUCAACAUUAUUCGAUGCCUUGAAGUCGUCCAGCUCAUGAAGCCAACUUUAUCACCUGCAAGAAGAGUGAUGUCACAUGUUGCAAUUACUUUGAGAAAUAGAUUUGAAUCCAAGGACUACUUGAAUGAAGCAAAAUGUGAUGAAGAUACCCUCAUUGAUACUGUGCAAAUGGAAGUUUUUCUUAGAUGCAACACGAACAUGGUACAGCACGAUGCUGACCUUGCAAAAGAAAUCUUUCUGAGUAAACAUGAAGAAUCUUUAAUGAAAACUGAGAAAUCUACAGAUGAGGGUACAGAAAUAUCAAAUAAUUUGAUCAAACUUGGCAGUGAAGUCGGGACAAAAAAUGUACAUAAAAGACCAUGUAUUCAUGAUUCAGAAGAAACAGACAUCAAAAAAAUUAGAGUCAAUUGUUUGACAUCAGAACAUGAAGAAGCUGAGCAGAGCCUCCCUCAAGUGUCUGAUGGUGAAGUGAAGUCUGAAGUACUGGAAGCUGGUGCUCUGUUGCCUGUCCAUGAAGUAUUUGUCGUCGACAAGAUCAAGGAGGAGUUGGAGGAUGUAGACAUCAAAGAGGAACCCUUCUAUGAUGAAAAGGUAGGCAUAAAAGCUGUAAGAGAAAAAUUUGAAGAAAUUAUUUCCCAAAGCUAA